AUGACACGGCAACAACUUAAAAAUUCUGGCAAACUGAUGAAAAAAUCUUGCAUGCCGAAAAAUGACGUGACCGAAGAGGAAGUGGGUGACAUUGAAAAGGGGAAGUUUAUAGAAAAUCGUAACGUUAUGUGUUACAUUGCCUGUGUUUAUACCAUGAGCCAGGUGGUGAAGAAUAACAAGUUAAGUUAUGAAGCGGUUAUUAAGCAGGUGGACGUGAUGUUUCCAGCCGAGAUGAGGGAUGCUGUCAAGGCAGCUGCUUCAUAUUGUAAAGAUACAACCAAGAAAUACAAAGACUUGUGUGAAUCAUCAUACUGGACCGCUAAAUGCAUGUACGAUUACGAUGCAGAAAAUUUUGUAUUUCCUUGAACAUACAAAGUUCAUAUUAAAAUGGUUUAUGACA